AUGGCGUUUGCUUCGUGCACCAGGCCUCCUUUUGUCGCUUGCGCAGAAAAUAUUGCCUUGCUUUAUUUUCUUCAUGAUGUACCAACUCCACCUUCUGAUAACUUCAUUAAGCCCCCCCCGGCCGGUAUCGCUGGGAAGUAUACUCUUACUUUCCAGGAAGAGCGCAACUUAGUCGGCGCCCUGGCAUUUCUUUCUCGCAUAAAUGAUAAUCCAAAUCAUAUAUGUGCCAUUGCAAUUCUGGAAGCUAUAACAACGGAAUCUUUGAAUGUCUUGAUCGCCAUAAAUAAGGCCAAGUUCGAUGACGGCAAUCAUAUUCUGCAGCAGUUAAAAGAUGGCUUUGAGAGCAUUUGCUCGCAGUUCUCACAAGCGCCAGAUUCCAUCGAUUCGGACGUCGAAGGUGCGGUAUUUGCUGCAAUUAUUUCGAUGUGCUCCAAGCGAAUCCUUUGCCGCCUGCGGUUCACGAAUACCUACAGGAAAGCAACUAGGCAGCCAAUUACUCUGCUGCUUCAAAAGGCUAUGGCGCUGCGCUCUGUUGAGCCUUUUCACACUUUUAUGGAGAGAUCGAGGGACGUCAUCAAAUUUGCCGAAUCCUGGAAGAAGCAGGAGACGCCUGAUAAACUUGGUUCUUUAGUGCGAAGCAUCCAUCAUCUAUCAAAGACAAGUGGCUUUCAAGACGUGAUUGAAACGAUAUCGAACAAAGAGAUGGAUCCAUGCUCGAGGAAGUAUUUGUUGAACGGCGUCAGAAAGGUUGCUAGAUACUUUGAAGCCGCGCGAUUUCUUUGUAACCUAUCGAAAAAGCAUCCUUCAAUCCAAAGACUGCGUUUCAUACUAAUUAAACCGCCUUUGAGUGCCUUUGAAGAGACGCCUGCAGCGCUAUGUACUUCAACUUUUUCAUCGAUGAUCGCGAGAAUUAGCUCACUACAUGGUCUGCAAUGGAAUGCGGAUCGAAUUUGCAAUAUACUCGGCACUAAUGAGAUAGAAGCUAGCAGAGGGUUUAUCGGCCAGACGAACAAAAUUUUAUUAGAAGCGAAGAUUCAUGCUGAGAUUCAGCUCAUCUUACAUUGCGAAACGAAUAAAUUCACUCUCCAGCCUCGAGUGAUCUGUGCGAGUAAAGACGCAUGCUUUCUUUGCAAUGCAUUUAUCCUCACACACGGAAAACUUCAUGUGCCAAGACAUCACGGGAGACUCUAUCCAGCAUGGCGGUUGCCGCCCGUUCUUGGAACGGCCGAAAUCGCUCGCCAAUUCAUACUGAUUUUGGAGAAUCAAAUUAGAGACAGCAUCGAGAAUAGUACUCUCUAA